UCGGUUCAGUACCUCUCUAGACUCGUUGCUGUAAGGACGUCCUCCGCUUCGUACUCUGUGCUGUGUUUGCCCUUCUCUUCCUCCUCCCACAGUUUGAAAGGCUUUAUUUAAGACUUUUUGGUGGUGAUCAUGGAUUCGAAGAGACCUCCACCCAGACCGGUGAAUUUAGAGGAGGCGGACGAUGGUGUCGUGGAGUUUUCGCCGCUCAAUCAAGAGGACGACGAAGGCACAGUCACUAUCGAAGUGCCUGUGGCCGAAGAGAGAGCCGCAUGGGGAUCUAAAAUGCAGUUCAUGCUUUCUUGCAUUUCUCUUUCCGUCGGUUUGGGCAACGUUUGGAGAUUCCCCUAUUUAGUGCAGCAAGACGGAGGAGGAGCGUUUUUGAUCCCGUACCUCAUCAUGAUGGUCCUGGAAGGAGCUCCCUUGUUCCUGCUCGAGCUGGGCAUCGGCCAGCGCCUGCGACAGGGCUCCUUGGGCGUAUGGACAAUGAUCUCGCCCUGGUGGUCGGGCCUGGGCGUGGCUUCCACCAUCGUGUCCUACCUCGUCGGGUUGUAUUACAAUGUUAUUAUAGCUUGGUGUUUUUAUUAUCUCUUCAAUUCGUUUAAGUCUCCCCUGCCGUUCGGAAUGUGCCCCAAUGAGACCAUUCCUAACACAAACCUCACGCUGCCGGUCGAAGAGUGCGAGCUCUCCAGCGAGACGGCUUAUUUCUGGUACAGGCAAACCAUCGACGCCACUCCCUCGAUCAACGAGACCGGCGGCAUCAAGUGGUGGAUGGCGCUGUGCCUGGUGCUCUCCUGGCUCCUGGUUUGGCUCUGCAUCAUGAAGGGCAUCCAGUCCUCAGGAAAGGUUGUGUACUUCACUGCCAUCUUCCCCUACUGCAUCCUCGUGAUUUUCUUCGGCCGCGCAAUUACCCUGAAGGGAGCUAUGGAAGGCUUGAAGCACAUGUUCACCCCCGAUAUGAGUAAGCUACAACCUACGGUGUGGAUGGACGCCGCGUGUCAGGUGUUUUACUCGUUGGGCCUGGCCUUUGGCUCUUUGAUAGCCUUCGCAUCGUACAAUCCAAUGAAGAACAACUGCAAGAGGGAUGCCAUCUUCAUGUGUUGCAUCACUGUCUUUACAGCCACCUUCGCCACCAUCGACAUUUUUGCUGUGUUGGGAUAUAAGGCUGUGGCAAAUUAUGAUAAAUGUGUGGAACACAACAUCGCCAAACUUUCAGAAAUUGUCCAACACUUACCGGAACAUACUCAGAAGGUGAAUGUCACCCCAGAGAACUAUGAGGAGACGUGGGACAAGAUUCUGCCCAGUAUUAAGGAUCACUACCAGAACUUGACCCACCAUCACAUAAAGAAAUGCAGCGUGCAUGACGAGCUCAGUCAGGCUGCAGAAGGAACUGGUUUGGCCUUCAUUGUGUUCACGCAGGCUAUUGUUGAGCUUCCUGGAAGUAACUUCUGGUCAGUGUGCUUCUUCAUGAUGUUGUUAGCUCUGGGUCUUGGCUCGCAAUUUGGUACAAUGGAAGGUGUCAUCACAAACCUCUUUGACAUGAAGAUAUUUGUGAGAGUCCGGAAGGAAGUUUUGACGGGUGCAGUGUGCCUAUCAUCAUUUUUAAUUGGUUUGAUCUUCUGCACUGGAGCUGGAGAGUACUGGCUUGGUAUGUUCGAUGCCUUUGCUGGCUCUAUGGGUUUAAUCAUCAUUGCUUUCUUCGAGAGCAUCGUCGUAGCCUAUGUCUAUGGGCACAAAAAAUUCACAGAUGAUAUUGAAAAGAUGAUUGGCAUUAGACCAGGCUUGUACUGGCAAGCCACUUGGCGUUUCAUUUCUCCACUCACCAUAGCUGUUAUUGUCGUUGCCUCAGUAUACUAUAGAAGUACUAAUCCUCCUGAUUAUCCAGCUUGGAAAGCUGAGGAAGGCUUUGCUGUAAAAGAACAAUAUCCUGGAUGGGCUAUGUUUGUGUGUUUGGUGUUACUCUUGAGUGGAUUUCUUCCAAUACCGAUUGUUUACUUCAUGAGACGUUGGCAGUGCAUCCGAUUUGAUGCCAAUAUUCAUGAGGCUUCCAUCAAGAGAGUGGAAACCACUAUUUCAACAACUGGCAUGAUCAAGGGAGAAGAGCUCCCACGUCCGGAUUCUGGAAUUUGGACUAUAUAUAAGUCCAGUGUUUCAUUUUUGGAAGGAAUUAUUUUUGAAAGCUCUCCAGGAGGGCUUGAAGAGUAUCACGAUUCUCCUGCUGGUGAGGAUGAUGACGAUGACGAUGGAGGUCUUACUGUUCAGGGUGGGAAGUUCCGCAUGGAAGUGCUUGAUUAGUGUUCCAUGGCAACACACACUCAUUGCAAGACUGUUUACUGCAAAAAUUAUUUAGUCCAUGAGGCUAAAAUUCCUGGCCACUAGCAACAGCCAAGCAGCAGAUGUGCAAAAGCAGCUUUCAUGCGCUGUAUAUUUCGGUACAUUUGCUUAAUAGGAGGUUAUCAGCAUAUGAAUCCUAGAUCAAAUAGUGCCAAAUUAAGUUGAUUUUAUAUUGUAUUUACUGUACAGUAUUAGAACCUUUGGCCAUAUGAAGAACUGCAUUACUGGUGCAUGCUUUAGUGUCCAGUAUAUUCUGAACAACAGCAUUUAGCAAAAUAUUUUGUUAGAAAUUAGCGUAGUGUCACAUGAUAGCAAUAAAGACUAGAACCAUUUUUGAAAGUCCAGUUCUGGUACCUUGAAUAGUGUGUGGGUGCAGUAGCUUUUCUACCGCAGUAUGCAAGUGUUUCAUGUUUAUCUUGGCCAAUUAUGUAACAUUUUAGGUAGAUUCUUGCAGUUAAUUAAUCUUUGUUUGCAGUUACUAUUUUCUUGAGACACCCUAUACAUGGAAAGGUUGAAGAAGAAAACUGAACGAGUAGGUAAUUUUCUGAAAGGUCAAAGUGGUGCACCCUUAAGAUAUUUAUGUGGUUGUGCCAUGCUUUUAAGAAUCAGAUUUGACUGCAAGUUUGUGGUCAAAUUCAUUGCAUUAGUUCUGUGAUUUUCAUUGAGUUAUGCUCAAUAACUUUUAUUGUUUGUAAAGACUUUAUGCUUUUACAGUUAUUAAGAAGCCACAGUAUUCUGAAACAAUCUAGUACACGGUCAUAUUUGUCUCCAUGGAACAAACUGUUAUAUAUAAUUGUGUCGUCUAUGUGGAGUAAGUUUUGUUAUGUACAAAAACCAUUCACAUUCAUUGUAUGUACAGAAAAAAACUUUCUUAGCAAGCAGAGUUAAUGUACUGAAGUAGUUUUGGUUUUCAUGUGUUAGAUACACAGUAAGUUUUGCAUUUUAAAUUUAAUGUGGCAAGAUAAGAAUUAGUUGUGUCAAGACUUUAGAUUUUGAGACAUGAUUUGAAAUGACAAUUACAUUAACUCUUGUUUUAUAUACUGUGACUUGUUAGAAGUUAAGAGAGAUUUGAAUGAAUUUUGAGUAGAGAAUUUUUUCUGUAUAUGCCAUAUUCUCAUUAGUUUUUAUGGAUUAGUUUACAUUUGUCUAGAAAGGCAAAAAGUUAGAAGGCACUAUUAAUGGUAAUUGCUACGUGGUAGCUGCAAUGGUUCAUCAUUACUUUGAAUGCUUGUGCAAAAUUAUAGUGGCUCAUUCUGGUGAUUAUGUACAUGCCCAAUAAAACACAAGUAGUGAAUGAAUACUAUGAACAAACAAAGUUGCAUAAAGAAAAUUAGAAUAGGAAUGGUAUUGAAAGGGGAUCUAAUUUUGUAACAUUUAAAUAAAAAAUCAUUCUGCUGGUGAUGGAGGUGGCAACAUGCUCAUAUGAGAAUAAUAGUUCCAUUAGACUCUUAUCUUCAGCUAUAAAAAUUGUGUCCAUCAAAAUUGUUCCAUACACUGUUAGUAUCAAUAAUUAAUGUGAAAAAUUGCCCAUGAUAUUUGUUACUUCUGUCAUCAUUAUAUAUGGGAAAUCAUACUAAUGUUGAGCAGUGUAUAAUUGAUGAAAAAUUUGUAUAAUAUAUGAGCAGUAAAUAUCCCAUAUUUUAUGUAAUAAAUAUAGAUGAAUUUGCUUUGCACCUACAUACAUAACUCUGGGACAGAAUGAUGUUGUACCAAGGAAUGCUAUUGCAAAAAAUCAUACUGUAAACAUUACUCCAAAAGAUUUCUAUAAAUGAAAUAGUGUGGUCACUUAGACAUUGUAGUUGAUAUGAGAAAGAAUGUUCCCACUGCAGUGUGUAACAUGAAGCAUGCCAACAGAAGCAUCAGACAAAUGGCCAUAUUUUCUGUUUCUUUCUUCCAUAUACAGUAAACCUGUUAAUGUAAAAUCUAUACCCUGUAAACAUUACCUUCCAUAAUAGACCUCAGAAUCGCAUUGUCUUCAAAGUAGCCAGUUGCAUGUUGUGCCUCUUGUUUAGUGAGUGUUCAACUGUCAGUAAAUGUAAAUCAUUGGCCCUUUUGGAAAUGAAGUUGCUUCGAUUUUUUAAAAUGAAAUUUUCACGCUGUGGAGGCUAACUAUCCACACAUGUUCAUUAAAGGGAAUCAUUUGUUAAGGAGAAAAUGGUCACCAAUUUCACUUCUCGGUAGAAAUUCUCAAGUUUUGGGGAAAAUCCUUAGCUAUUCUUAGGGAAGAAAAUGUAAAUACCAUUUCUUCUUGAUUCUAUCAGUUUGAUUGUUGAAAUCAUAUUAAGAGUAGAAGACAUUAGAAUUGUAAUGAAAUGUUUUUUGUAGCUGUACAGUAUAAAAAUGAAUAUUUUUAAGGGUUAUGAUUUUAACCUUUAGGAGAUACUCUGCAGAAUUUUAGCUGAAUUUAUUUGAUGGAGUGCAGGGAAGGAAUUAUGAGAAAUCUUUGGAUAAAUUUAUAAAGCUUGAUUUUAUCCAUAAAUUUUCUGUUCAAGUUUAUACAACAUAUGCAAUAUUAAAAUUAUUAUACAAAGCAAGUAUUAAGAGUACAUGAUACGCUCAUUUUAAUGCAGUACAUUACAUUUAUUUCUGAGGGAUAAAAGAACAGAGCCGUAAGGUACAGGAAAAGUCCUAAGUAUGAGACAAUCACAAAGAAAUUCUUUUUAAUCUUUAGGUUAAUUCAUGUAUUACUUGAAUAAUUUCAUACUGGAUUUAGCAGAAUUGUUUUACCUGGAAAUCUUCGGAAUUUUUACAUUUUUUUGGGAAAUAAUGAAAGUAGUGCAUUUUAAUCUAAAGUUUUUUAGUGCUGAAGCAACAUGCAUGGAUUUUAGGGAAUAAACUACUUAGCAAUAAUUUCAUGAGAACAAGAUUUUGCAGUUUCAGUGAUAAGUGAUUGUUUAUUCUACAAAUUGUUUUUACAUUAUCUUGUUUUCAGUACACAUACUUAUUGUGUGGUUUUAUGAUUAAAAGUCAGUAAGACCAACAAAUGAAGGUAAUAACAGGUUUCAUGUAUGAAGAUUUGCAUCUAAUUUUCAUUAUCAAGUAUUUCAUAAGUUGUUUAGGUUUGUUGUAAAUUUCAUUAAUUUUUUAUGAUUGUAUUGAUGUGUUUACUAUACAGUUUUUUUUAAGAGAUGAACUCUCCUAGUAACAAGAGUCUGGCUUACUCCAUCACAUAAUAUUUGCAGUAAGACAUUUCGUCAGGCACAGGAGGCACAAUAUCACUGGUAGGAGAUUGAUGUACAUAAUUAUUACUGUACAGGAACUAUGUAGAUAAAUUUCUCUCAUUCAUCCAUUAAGUUACUGAGUGUUAAGAGUACUUGCGCAUAAUUGGGUUGGAGUAUGUAACUCUCUUUGUAAGAGAUAAUGCUCCAGUGGUAUGUACCAUGCACGGAACUGUGCAUGUAAUAGCAAAGGGAUUGCUGGAAUCAUAAAGCAAUUGUCUGUGAAUCGAUUGAUUGAUUUCUUAAGGAAAUACAGUAACCAUUUACAUGAUAUUCCAGUAUGGUUAAUCGAUAGUGAUUCAGGUGUGCCUGUAUUUUGUGUGUUUUGGAUAUACAGUAAUAUAUAUAUCAGUAUAUUGCAGUGCUGUGCAUUUCUCUCAUCUUGUUUAAUGUAUAUUGUCAGUUUAUAUCCUGCAGUCAAAUGUGCCAAGAAGAAGUUCUUAAAUUUCAUCUGCCAAUUCAGGUUGAGUUUUAUUCACACGUAUGACUUGAAUCUGAACCACCAGGAAACGCAAUGUUCAACUUGUGUCGCCUUUUAAUUAUUUUUUUAACCUGAUAGUUAAGGGGUUUUUUUUCUUUAUUUUUUUUUUUUGCAUUUUUAUGAAUUAAGAUAGUUAUUUUUGUGAUUCCAAAUUUAAAGGUUGUAUACAUAUAUUUCAUUAUUAAUUAAAGCUCUCUGCCGUUUUAUGUUAAUAUACAGUUUUACUAAAAUCUGAAAAAAAUAUUUAUCAGUCAAGUCAAAUGCUCAAUUAUAGCUUGUUAUUCUAUUAGUUAAUAUAUAUUUCUACUAUUGGCAGAAUCUCAAAUUCUUUAUGAUAUUCAGUAUCUUAGAUCAUCUCAAGUUUUACUCAAGAAUUUAGAGAUUGCAGAUCAUUGUACAUUUAGCCUCUAUCUCUUUUAGACUGGAUGUCACCAUGUUGACAGCUGAAUAUGCUAAGAUUAUUUCAUAAGCAGUCCAUAUGUUCAUUAAUUUUAUAUAUAUGUAUACUGUAUAUAUUUUAUGGGUUUGUUGCUAUAUGUACAUAUGUUCAUGUAUGGGCCUGAGUGUAUUAAUAUAUAUUGUAUAUGUAUACACAUUCAUAUAUAUACAGCUACCCAUUAUUGGUUCCCUGUUUAUGUAGUUUGAAAAGAUUGAAUAUUUUUUUAUUUGCCACUGUUUGGACAGGUAUGCAGUUACCACAAAUGCUCGAUUUGCACUCUCCUCUUGUAAUCACAACAUAUUUAAUAUAUAUAUAUAUAUAUAUAUAUAUAUAUAUAUAUAUAUAUAUAUAUCAUAUAUAUAUAUAUAUAUAUAUAUAGAUAUAUAUAUAUAUAUAUAUAUAUAUAUAUACAUACACACAUACAUACACAUAAAAUAAAUAUAUAUGAGUGUAUAUGUACAUGCACAGUUGCUUUAUUCAUGUUAGAUUUGUUGUAGUAUUGACAAAACAACUAAGUUUAUCAUUGAAUGUUAAAAUUUUACUUCUUGAAUAGUAUAGUACUGUAUUUUAUUCUACAAGCAUACAGAAAUUUUUCACGUUUCGCUUCCUGAGGUCCAUAGUACAUGUGAAUGCUCAAAGCUUACAUAUGAAUAGUAAAUGACCUUAUGACUUUAAGGCAACUGAAAAUUUGAACUGUAACUUGAACAUCGUACAAUUUAUAAUGUACUGUCAUAUCUAUUUUUAACAUUAUAAAUUAUGGGUAGUUUUUCAGUUGACUAAUGAAUAUUAUUGAACUAGAAGUAUUUUCAGGAAGUACUAGAUUUCUGCAUUGUUCUCUCAUUCCAGGGACGGCAGUAUCUAUUUAUUUCAUCUCAUUACAGUAUGUAUCAGCCAAAUGUCAUUAAAUUAAUUGGACUGAAUUUUAACUAAGUUUCAUUAGUAUUCUUACAUGGUGGAAAAUUGUGCCUUUAGAAUUGAUUAUCAUACCUGAUGCCUUAUUGGAUGUCCUGUCCCAUGUCUUUGUACAUUCGUUAUAUAAAGUCAACAUUGACAGUUUAUGUUAUAUGAAAAAGGAUUUAUCCUUCUUAAGAACUCAUCAAAUUAGGAUAUUGUUUUCAUCUUUUAAUUUUGAAUGAUUAAUUUAGAAUUCUACAAUAGCUACAUACAUAUACAUACAUAAAUUGAUAAAUCUUGAAAUUAUGUGAUAAGGAAGGUAAAACUGUGAAGUAGAAACUAAGUAGAGUGCAGUAGUAUUACGAGGUAGUCCGUUAUACGUACCAGAUGUAAUUCAACUCUUCUGGAAUAUUUUAUAGAUCCUUAAACUUGUGUUUGGUAUGCAAAUUUGCUCACUGUAUAUAGGACUUCCCUAGAAGGUUCCCUAGAAGGUUUAAAUAUUUUGUUCAUGAAUAUACAAGAUAGUUAUCAAAUGUUUAUGUGAAGAGCAAAAAUUUUGAACUAAAAGCAAAAAAAUUUUUCUGGGGAAAUUUUAGGGAAAAUAUUAACCUCAGAUUUAAAAUAAAUAGUGAUUUCACUGCCAAUAUAAAAUAAUUAAAUUUAAUUCUAACCCAGAAAAAAUUAUUCAUCGAUAUCUUUUCAAUCUACCUGCACACGCAUUUGCUUCUAAAUGUUUGGUAUACCUAUAGUAUUUCCUUGUCUGACUUGAAGAAUCAGUGAAGCUGAUACACAAGUAGUAUAUGGUAUGUUGUAUUUACCUACAAGCAACAAAGGUUAUUUUUAGUGAUUUUACCGUCUUAUUCCAUUUAAAGGCAUAAUCUUUUAGGAAAGCGAAAAACAUUUGGCAGAGACACAGGCACAUUUGGCUAGUAGUAUUCCAUUGUAAUUUUUGUGGUAUUGACAAAAAAUACUGGUAGUAUAUGUUUUAUGUAUUCAGGAGCAAAAUUGUCCCGAUUCAUGUUUUGAGUAAAUACGUACAUUUUAUUAUUCCUCAUGAAAUACAGUGCUUGUACUCUAGCAGAUAUUCAUGCAUACUCUUUUUUUUUAAUGAUUCAACAUAACUUUCAAUAUUAAAUAUAAAGUUAUUUAAUUUUUUAGUAUUAGCUCUUAAAAUAGAAUCUGCAUGGAGCACUGUAGCAUAAUGAAUACAUAUACAAUGUGUAUAUACUGUAUAAAUAUGCAUAUCCAUAGUCUGUCACAGAAUGCAAAGAUUUAAAGCAACAAAUAUCUUCAAAAAUUGUAUAAUCAUUUUCAUUGUGAGCUCUUCUGGCAUUAAGUCAUACAAAAUAAAUUUGCCAUUGCACAUUCUUCUUUCUUUUUAUAUCCAGAACCAUGUAAUCCUAAUUUUUUUUUUUUAUGUUCUGCUUGGCAUUUGAUACAUUGAUCUGCAACAUCUAGAAUAGUUUCAAAAGUAAUGUAUGCAUUGUUAUCAGCUUAGUAGGUGGAGGAUGGCUGAUAGAUCUAUCUUAAAGCUGUGCAAAUUAGAGUACUUAAUUUUUUCAUUCUCUUUUGGCUUUUUGUUUUUUGUGGUAGAAAUAGAGAUAAUCGUUACUGUUUAGUGGAUUCUACCUCUUAACUAAUGCUUACUUAUUAGGGAUUCUAAUGUUGACUUUUAUUCAUAAAUCAAUAUGCAGUAUUUUAUGGAUUUUAUUAAUUUUCAACUGUAAUAUUUUUCAGCGUUCAAAUAAUACAACAUAGGAAAACUUUAUUUUUAAACAGUAUGGAUGCAAAGAUGUUAGGUUAUGAUUAGUAAUUUCAUAUUUAUAGUUGACCACUUGAAGAGUAUAAUUUGUUACUGAAUUAACUUUUGUCAAUUUUGACAUUUGGUUUUUCUAUUUUGCACCCAUAACCUUAGAAGCCUUAAUUUUGUUUUCAUAGAGUAAGCAAAGUUAGGAUAUAAUGCAUAAUCAGACAAUUCUACUAAUGUGAGUUAGUGAUAAAAUUUGCUAAGAAAAGCUGGAGCAAGUGAAUAGAACAAGUCAAGUAAAGUACAGUUCAUUUAGGUGCAUUCCAACAUGUCAAUAUGUACAUGCCAAAUUUAGGCUGCAUUUAUCAAAAUUUACUAUGAAAAGCAAUAUUGACCUUUUAAUAUCAGAAAAUACUCUGGACGGAGUAUUUUGUAGCCAUUAGUUAAAAGGACUAGGAUUGCAAUGAAAAUGUGUUAUUGUAGACAUGUGUAAAAAGAUUAGUGAAAAAAUUGAACUUGUUGAGUCUAAUUUGCUUUGAAUACCUAAAGGGUUGAUAGAAUAUUAAACUCAUAUUUGUAGAAUUGUCAAAGUGCAGGAACCAGGUGCUAUAUUUUAAAUCUUGUAGAAAUGGUUUUUUCAUCCAUGUGAAGCUGACGCUAUAAACGUAAAAGAGUUCUUGCUUCAGUGUGGACAAUUAUCAUUUAUUUGACUUUUAACACUUCAGUUUGAUACCUUAUAUUAAUCUUAAGCAAGACAAGCAAAUGCACAUUUAGAUGUAUUCACACUUCAUUUGAAGAUAAUUCAAUAUUUAAUUGAAUUCUUGUGUUGUGUGUCCAGUAACUCAGUUUUGAUGGUGUAAACAUACUGUAAAGAGGAUAAAAUUAUAAUAUAUACUAAGUAUAGGGGUACCGGAGACUAUUUUUAUAGACAGCGUUCAUGUCUUCAAAUCGAGCAAUCACUUCAGUCCUUAAACUUAGCUUUACAAUCAUUUCUGUACUCUCCCAAGUUUGGAAUUCAUUGUAAAACUACACUGUGACAAGUAUCAAUAUAAAUGCUAAAUUUUCCAAGUGAUGUAUGCUUCAAAAAGCUGAGUUUACAGCUAUCUGACAAAUGGAUGGAGAUAUUUUUCAAUACACUUGUCCUUGAGUCAGAGCUGAAGUGGGAGUGUGAAUUGUUUCUAGAAAGACAGGAAACCUAAGACCCACUAGUAAGCUACAAUGCAAGUUUGUUUCACUUUUGAAUAAAUUAUUGAAAUCAAAUUAAAUGAUAAUGUUAGAUAAAUGAAAAAAAAAUAAAUAUGGAUUUUUUGUAUUGUGGCACUCUUCUGAAAACAAAUUACUAGUUGGAACAAACAUUUGAUUAAGAAAGUGAUCAUCUUCCUGUAUACAUUGUCAGUCAUUUUUUGUGAUAUUUGAGGUAGUUUUACUCUAGCCUAAUACAUACAGGCCACAGGAUGCAUAAGGGAUUUUGUAAACUGCCAGACUGUUGUACUUAGUGCAAUGGCUUAUACGAAAUUUCAUUUGAGUUUUUUUUUCUUACUGUUGAUAGAAUAUAGAUUUCUGCCCAAUGUUGUUGAGCUACUGACAGGAAAGAACACCAGAUGCAAGGUCCCUCUUGUUCCCUUGGUUUUGAUGUACUCUUCUCUGUGCAAUUUUAUCCUUUGAAAACAUAUUUGCUCUACGUGAAAUAUUCAUUGCCAUCAAACCCUUACUCAUGAACAGUCUCUAUUAUCAUCAUUUUCAUUUGUCUCCUUAUGAAGAAACGACCAGAAAGCUCCAUGGUUUUUUAACUCUAAUUUAUUAGUACAAUACUGCAUUGUUCCCAAGAAUAUCUGUAUAAACAGCCUGCUGUCAUAUAAAAAGACUUUUACAUAUAUACAGUAGUCCAGAAUUACUAUUGUGAAUUUUAAAGAACAGCUGUCCAUACAGCUUUUAUUCAACACUUCCAAAAUGCUGACUUGGAACAGGACAAUUAGAUUUUAAUUUAACGACUUUUUUUUAUUGUAUGGGGAGUUGUUCUUUAGAUUUUCCAACUCUUUAUGGGUACCAAUAGUUACUAGUUUUAAUUGUCAUUUCAUUUUGGUGGUAAAAAUAUCCUUGUUAUUUUAAAAACGUACUGAUUGUUACCUUUGUUACAUAUAUAUCAUGGCUGACACAUAGACUGCAAUUUUCCUAAAUAGAAAAAAAAUUGAA